AUGAAUCCACCGCAGGGCGCGGGGUUCCCGCCCCACGGCCCUCACGGACAGGGAAGCCAUCCCCACGCGCGAACCCCCGCGGGCGCGUACCAGAUGAUGUACGUGCCCGUGGUGCAGUACCCCGGGCAGCAGCAGCAGCAGUGGACGCCCCACGGCGGGGGCACCGUGCCGAUGAUGAUGGCGCAGGGGCAGGUGAUGAUGGCGGUGCCGCAGGGCGCGUGGGGCGCGCCCGCGGCCGCGGGUUGGGCGGCGCAGAUGCAGCAACACUACGGCCAGCCGCCCCAGCCGCCGCCCCAGCAGCCCACGCAGCCCACGCAGCAGCAGUGGUUCGGCACCGUGGGCGGCGGACCGCCGCCCCCGCCGCCGCCCCCGCCCGCCUCCGACGUUCACCCGGCGCCCUCCUCGCCCUCGACGAACCCACCCGGCGGCAAGAGGAACGCCCACCGCCGCGGCAAGAACAGGGGCCGGGGGGGCAAGCCCGCCGACCACCCCUCGCAGCCCCGACCCGACGCCGACGAGACCGCCGCCCCACCCUCGGAUUCCGUUCCCGCCCAACCGCGAUCCGAAUCCGCGCCCGCGUUCAAACGGGAGAAGGGAGUCACGUUCCCCACCGUGGACGAGAUCCCGGCGGUGAAACAGGUGGACGUCGCCUCGUUGCCCGAGGACGUGCGGCGGUACAGGGAAGAGCGCGCCAAGAACUGGCCCUCCAACGCCGUCGUGGAACGAAGGCGAGCGGAAGCGGAGGAACGAGCCGCGCGGGGGCAGCUGUCGCGAGACGAUGACGAGUCCUCCUCGUCCGCCGCCGCCGCCGCGCGUCGCGCCGCGCUCAGGGAGAUCCUCGCGAGGCAGAGGGAGCUCGGGCACUUCGAGGCGUCGGAGGAGAUCGGCGACGUCGGAGGAGGCGCGGGAGACGAAGAAGCGGCGGGGUCGGCGGCGGCGGCGGCGGCGGGCGGGGGAGGGAAUCGAAAAGGAAAAGGUCGCGGCGGCGGGAGGGAUCCCGGGGCGGGGGGCGACGAUUCGGCGCCGGCGAAGCGCCAGAGGAGAGACGCGGGCGGCGCGGGCGGAAGGCAAGGGACGAGGCCGUGCAGGUACUGGCAGCUCGGUAAGUGCCGCAGGGGCGACGCGUGCGACUUUGUCCACGCGGGGGACGCCGGGGGAAACCGAGCCGGGGCGUCGACGGGUGCCGAGACGUGUCCGACAAUUUCUCCGACGAAUGCCGCCACGAACGCGACGCCGUGCAGGUUCUUCCUUCGCGGGCGGUGCAAAUCGGGCCGCCGGUGCGCGUUCGCGCACGACGAGUCCGCCCGGGAGAAGGCGAAGAAGGAUAAGAAGGCGAAGGCUUCGUCGUCAAACGCCGCUGCCGGGAGUCAAACGCUGCUGAGGAAACUCCUCGCCCGGGAGGUUCGCGCGGACAGGUCGCGGCUGCUCCAGGUGUUUCGAUUCCUGGUCAACAACGACUUUCUCCGGGCACACGACCCGUCCGGGGACCCGGGAAACCUCUGGAUGUUCCCGUGGGUAGACGACCCGGUGCGGAGCCCGAAGGAGACGCUCAGGGCGCUCGCGGCGGAGGCGGCGCGUGGGGGGGACGGGGACGGGGACGGGGAGGAGCCGUCGCUGGGGGAGGAACCGUCGCUAGAGCAGGACGAGGAAACAGACGGGGAGGCGGACGCGGAGGCGGGGUUGAACGAGGAGGAAGACGUUUAG